AUGUUCCCUAUGGUAACUGGGUUCAUCAAUUAUGGUCAACAAACAAUACGUGCGGCAAGGUACAUUGGUCAAGGUUUUAUGAUUACUUUAUCCCACGCUAAUCGUUUACCCGUAACUAUUCAAUAUCCGUAUGAAAAAUUGAUCACAUCAGAGCGUUUUCGUGGUCGAAUUCAUUUUGAAUUUGAUAAAUGCAUUGCUUGUGAAGUAUGUGUUCGUGCAUGUCCUAUAGAUUUACCCGUUGUUGAUUGGAAAUUGGAAACGGAUCUUCGAAAGAAACGGUUGCUUAAUUAUAGCAUUGAUUUCGGAAUUUGUAUUUUUUGUGGUAAUUGUGUUGAGUAUUGUCCAACAAAUUGUUUAUCAAUGACUGAAGAAUAUGAGCUUUCGACUUAUGAUCGUCACGAAUUAAAUUAUAAUCAAAUUUCUCUGGGCCGUUUACCAAUAUCAAUAACUGAUGAUUACACAAUUCGACCAAUUUUGAAUUCACCUCAACCAAAAGAGCAAUUCCGUGAUUGA